AUGGCCUGGCGGAUCGGAUUGGGCGGAUAUCAGGUUGUCAUCUCCAGCCUUGGCGAUCCCUAUGCGCCUUGGUCAAAGGAACAGGUAUAAGCCAAAGCGGACUCUUUGGAAUUGCUAUUUAUCCAAGAAGCCAAUUACAACGAUCCUCCUCGAACAGCAAUCUUUAAUGUUUCGUUUCACCUUCAUUUUCUUCAGCUCAAUUAAAACCGCCUUCCCCAACGUGUUCGGAAGAGCCGGAGUUUAUUCAAUGAGUUCUGUCGCGGGAGGUAAUAAGCGGCAAUCUUACGAAAAAACGCUCGCUGCUCGCCCUUGCGGCGUCUUCACGCAGAAUUAUGAUUUGAAACAAGAUAGAUGGUGCUUAAAAUUAUUAUUGUUGCAACCGUUGCAUCUUUGACUACGAUAGAGCCAGUCAGUGGACGAAGGGUUAUUUAUUCGGUAAGGCAUCUUUCAAGGAAUGUUUUGUUUGGUUACCGUAGCUGAACGACUACUAGGGACACAUAUUUUUAAGCAUCGCUCCAAUUACCACCAACAGGGAAGGUACUACAAGUGAAACGCCCAGUUUUUCUGAGGCGUAUGCGAGAGUCCUAGCCCGCGCUUUGCAGAGACGACCGAGAUUUUUAGGUUGAAGAAAAUUUAAUAGAAUCUGUUCGUCUCACCUUCCUUUUUUAAAAGUAAACAAAUUAUAGUGUCAAAUUCAAAUUAACCAGUAUGUACUUAUGUUAUAUGUACAUGCGUUUCAUUUAGAAACGGGUCACGAUUAACCCGGCGCUCGAAGGCAACUCCAGCUUUUUGAGCGACUUUGAGACUCACCUUGGCUCUUCCAAGCAACGAUCUGCUUGUAAGUUUCUCAAGCGCAGUUUACUUCUAACAUUUUCUUUGGCCCAUUUUUUCAGUGACUCAAGCGGACCGUAAGAAACGUUGUUUUGGCAUAUUUGUACCCGGCUUUGGAGGACCACCUUCUCCAGGAGGUCCGCCCCCUCCUCCCCCGGGUGGCUUCUACCAAUACCAAGGUUAUCCCGGACUUCCACCCGGGACGGCAUCAGCCCUUUAUAACUAUUACACUUCUUUAAACAACCUAGGCUCAGUCAGUGCUGUCUCGGCAGCUGAGGCGGCUGAAGCCGCAGCUGCAGCUCAAGCCUCAGCGGCGGCACAAGCUUCAGCUGCGGCCCAGGCUUCAGCUGCGGCGCAGGCUUCGGCUGCCGCGCAAGCUUCCAGCAGCGGAGCAUCAAGCUCCGGAUCAUCGUCAGCCUCUUCUGGUUCAUCUUCAUCAGCCUCUGGAUCUUCUUCUGCGAGCUCUGGCUCGUCCGCGAGCUCAUCUGCCGCUUCUUCUCCGUCAGCCUCAUCGUCCGCCGCCAGCACUCCCACAGACACGUCAAACGGCCCUACAAUGACCGAAGAAGUACAACGCUUGAUCAUGGAGCAAGAACGCUCCUAUCCGCUGGAGAAAUGCUACACAAACAACGACAGGUUCAUGUGCUGCAGCAGCAGACUGGAGGGCGUCAUGGAUGAGGCCGUCCGUGAGCUGGAGCGGAUCAGUGGAGAUGACUGCUGCGACAAGAAACGAAUGGCUGAUUUCAUUGGCCACUACGCGGAAAGGAGAAUGAACCAUAAGUUCGAGGUUAUUGUCGGCUCCAAAGACUAUGUCUCGAAGUCGAGGUUCGCGGAGGACCACUAUUGCAAGAUUAUGCGGAACGGAAAGUAAGCAGAAAAUAGCUUAUAUGUACAUUAAUCUUACAGAUUCAUCCUAGUGUAUGGAACACCAAUUCAAGAGGAUGAAGUAAUAGAUAUCGACAUCCCCAAUAGCUAUGGCGAGACAGGAACCGAUGAGAACCAAAUCACCGAGAGCUACGGACCGCCCGAAACAGCUCCGUAUGGUGGGAACGACAACGGUUAUGGCGGCCAAACUGAGGUCACGCCGAGUCCCGAGAAUCACAGUGGAAAUGAGGUGGACCCGUAUGACCAAACCACCGAUGAGACCGAGAAUUCCGUGGGCUAUGGGAGCAGCUACAGCGUCGAUGGAAAACCGAAACAUGUUGUGAAUAAAAAUGAGACAAAGAAAGAGAAAGGCAAGCAUGAAAAGAUAACAAUGAUCAGUGCUGAGACUUCAACAAGCAACUACACAUCGCCCAACAUAACAGCUCCUGAUCUACAUGGGGAAACCGGAAAAACGGCGGAAAAAAUCAUGACAAACAUGAUUUCAAUGGGAGUUGUUGAUCUUCCACCAAUCAUGGUGAGUGGCGAAGCGGGCCAAGUCAAGCAACCCGUCGAUAAAUCGACGAAAAAGACGGUAGUAAAGAAGCCAAAGCCUUCUGAGGCCGUUGGAGAACUCCACGAAUUCGUCGGAAACUCGCGUUUCACAAUGCUUGAAAAUCCGAGAUUACAUCGGAAAAGGAUCAUAAAUACGAGCGUGUUGCGGGAUUUCGGACAGCACCGUCGGAAACACCGAAUGUCAUUGCUGGAGCUUCUGCGAAAAACGGUGAUUGAUCCGUUGUCGGAGGACCAGAAACACGUGGAAUUUUUCGUAUGA